CUUUCGCUUUGUGCGGUCGGUGUUUAUCGAAGCUGAAGCGAAACAAGCAAAAAUAAUCCGCAAAAUUUAGUCGUCAAAAAUCGUUUCAAAUUGCGCGAAAAUAGGGAAAUAAUAAUUGAACAGUAGUGGAACAGCAUUCAAAAUGAAAUUAGUUCGGUUUUUGAUGAAACUCAGCCACGAAACGGUAACGAUUGAGCUGAAAAAUGGAACUCAGGUGCACGGAACCAUCACCGGCGUGGACGUUGCCAUGAACACCCACCUGAAGGCAGUCAAAAUGACCAUAAAAAAUCGCGACCCGGUACAGCUGGAUUCGCUCAGUAUUCGAGGCAACAACAUUCGCUACUACAUCCUGCCGGACAGUUUGCCACUGGAAACGUUACUGAUUGACGAUGCCCCGAAGACAAGGGCCAAGAAACGGGAAGCGAACCGCGGUGGACAGAGGGGACGCGGCAGAGGAACGCGAGGUGGCCGUGGAGGUCCCCGGGGUGGACGUGGUGGUCCGCGAGGUCGCGGUAGGCGUUAAGUCCGGAUGCGGGUGUAUGGAUUAUAUAAAUUUUCAUUACACAACUGCGUUAGUGCAGUUUUCCCUGUAUUAGAGUAAGGAGUCGUGAACCAGAGGAGGAACGCUUUCACAUCUAUUGAAUUGAAUCAUCGUCAUAAAGUGAAGUAAAAUA